AUGCUUGGUAGGGGGGAACUGCGUGAGAAAGGCGUGAAUAUCACUCUCAUGAUCCAGCCAGGCACUGCCUCUAGACAUUCGUUCCACCAUUGUUCGAGGGUCGCUCCAGAGUGGUUGAAGACACAGUUCGAGGGUGCCGGUGAAGCAUGCAGGUUCAUGCUGUUUGUGGAGGGUUCCGCACUCAAUGUCGUUUGGGAAAUCUCCAGACACUAUGAUUCCUGUGGCUCCUUCGGUAUGAAACGCGCACCGGGCGGAAACGACGACGGUUCAGGAACAAUCUCGAUUCUCAACAGCACUGCACGACGGGGGAAACUACGUGUGAGAAGUGCGAAUAUCAUUCUCACGAUCCAGGCAGAAUGCUUGUGUACCAUGCUCCCUACGAACUUCCUCAACUGGGCUUCCCACAAUCCGAUCAUUAGGUGGGAUAGCGUGUCCUUCCCAACCCUUCUGUGUGAUUAUGGACACUCGUAUUCCCCUGAUGAAAGUCUUUGCAUGAACAAGGAUUGCGAAUUCCUGAAACUCAACUCUCCGAACGUACAGGACCAAUUGCUCACCCCGUGUACCACAACACCCAUGACUACUCCCGGAGACCUCGAGACGCGUCGUGCCCAGCAACCAACUGGGAUACGACUUGGGCCAGCUUCGCCUCUUUCUGUCUCGCGUGUCACCAACAGCGCUCGUGGAACAGUGUGGUUAUACAACAUGUUCACCCGCAUGAUUCGCAACCAAGAAACGAAGGACCAGAACAUACAUCUUCAUCGUGUCUAG